GCCAAACAACAAACACCACACUCACUCUCUUGAUCGGCUCGACAACAUUACGCAUCGACCGCCAAUACAGACCAUCCACGAGAUCAAAUCCCAAGCUUCAUCAGCCAUGGCCGACGCCGAGCAGAAGGUGGACUCCACCACAGAGACCAAGCCGGAAGAGAGCAAGACCGUCACGGAAAAGGCUUCCGAGACGGCUUCCGCAGUAGCUGGCAACGUGUUUGGCAUGUUCGGAGGUGGCCCUAAGAAAGAGGCGAAGAAGGACGAUGACGAUGCGGAGAAUGACCGCUCCGGAAGUGCCAAGGCGCAGAAGGACAAGGAGAACGCGGACAAGGAUGACGAUGAGAAGGCCGAUGAAGAGGAGGCAGAUGUGCACUUCGAGCCGGUCGUGCAUCUCACCGAGAAGGUUGAUACGAAGACGAACGAGGAGGCCGAAGAGCAGACUUUCAAGAUGCGGGCGAAGCUCUUCAAGUUCGACCGUGAGAGCAGGGAGUGGAAGGAGCGCGGCACUGGUGAUGUGAGACUUCUCAAGCACAAGGAGAACAGCAAGACGAGAUUGGUGAUGCGACGAGACAAGACUUUGAAGGUCUGCGCCAACCACUACGUGGUUCCGGACAUGAAGCUUUCACCAAACGUGGGAUCCGACCGCAGCUGGGUGUGGAACGCUGCCGCAGAUGUUUCCGAGGGCGAGCCAGAGGCUUCCACUCUUGCUAUUCGCUUCGCCAACGCUGAGAACGCCAACCUCUUCAAGGAAGCCUUCAUCAAGGCGCAGCAGGAGAAUGAGGUCCUCUUCAGCAAGACGGAGUAA